UAUGCAACUGAUGAAUCACUAAAUUCUACCACUGAAACUAAAAAAAAAGAAAGAAAAAAAAGAAGUGGCCAGAUACAUAGUGAAAGAUCAUUCUAGGAGUAGUUAUUGAAGAUGUACUUAGAAGACUGGAGGCAAAGAGCCCACUCAGGAGGUUAGUGCAAUACUUCUUGGCCAGGCUGAAAGGCAGGCAUACAAGGAAUGAGAACAAGAAUCUGGCAUGAGAAUGGACCACACCUGUGUACUGUUCCCCUCAGAAUGGAUGAUACUCCCUUCUGGAGCCAGAUGCUGGUAAUUUUUAGAGGUUGCAAAAAGGGUCAUCUCUUCCCUGGGGCAUUAUUUGUGUGUAAAUCCAGUGGUUCUCCAUCCAGCACAAUGUGAUGGUCAUCCUGUACCCAAGAGCAGAUGUUUAUAUAAGCCCUCACAGGUGUAGGCACCCUUUUGGCAUGCAGUUCACAGAUUCCACAGAAAUAGGAGCAUCCACUUUGUGCCAGAUAAUGAGGUGAACAAGCCAGACACUGGCCCUGCCUCCAUGAAGCUCGUGGUCUACACAGGUACACAACGAAGGAAUAAAGGCAAAAUUGCAGCUUAAAAUGUUGACAAGUGCUAGGAAGAAAAAGGACCUAACACUAUGAGAAAGUAUAAGGGACCAGGGGAGGAACCUGGUUUGGAUUAGAGAAUCAGAGAAGGCCUCUCUGAGAAAGUGACGUCUGUGCCGAGAUCGAACGGAUUACUAGGGUCUGGUCAGCAGAACAGUAGAUUCUAGGCUCUGGGAUGGGAGUCCAAGAGCCCAGAGGGGGUCUAUGCACCAGAGCUCAGAUGGAAGGGGGAGGUCCUGAGGUGCCAGACCUUUCAGGGCUUCACAGACUCUGGUGAGAAGUUCAUGUUUUAUCCGCACUCACGGAGGGAGGGUUGUUUCCUCGUGUGCUCUGUAAUUUCGGACAGCGGGCUCCUAAGGACUGGAGAAUGCCAUCUAGAAGAGAAAAGGGAUAGCGGAUGGGAACUGGGUUGGGACUAGGUCAAGGAUAGGUUCCGACAGAGAAUGGACAACUGGGUCUUCCUCACGUGUCUUGGUUUGUUCGUGAAUGGGACCCUGCUUGCAGGAGGGGAAAGGGGCACCAAGAUGCCCUCUGAUGGGCCCUGAGAGUCAAGCACUGGGCAUUUCGUUCUUUGGUCGAUGGCUUUCAAUCCACCCCAUCACCUGCUUUCCCACAAGUACUGGCUUGAGGAAGGAGUAUCCCUUACAGAGUGAUUGGCCUGCGUCUCCAGGACCCGGCAGGGGUCUAGAACUUCUGGCUCAGGAUAAACGAAGCCCCGGUUGCAACGGGCAGCGUCAAGCCCAGGAGACCAACGGUUCUACUUCGCUGUCUCUCCCUGUCCCAGCAGCCCCCACACGCAUCCCCAGGCCCUGAUUGGCUCUGGACAGAUUCACGCGUGCUCACUGUCCCUUCCCAGUGAGGCACUCAGUAGUUGUACACGUGCUUAUUGCAUGUCUCAGUUGAUCCGGCUCGUCGAGAGGCAUUAAAUCAGCCGUCCAUUCAUCCCUCUGAAAAACCAGACCCAGAAACCAGAGCUCCACAUCCUAGAGAUUCUUGUGGCUGGGGAUCCUAUGACCUUGACUUGUACCGUCAAAGGCACCUGAAAAGAAAGCAAAACCCCUUUCCUUUCCUGGAAUUGGCCCACCAUGUUCUCCAACACAGAUGGCUCUAGCAACUCCUCCUUCUACUGCUGCACUUCACCCUGAAGCCUUAGGAUUAUAGCACCACCCUUGGAUGUCGUUUGAAUUUCUCCCCAGCUAUGUUCACUGGAAAUGCUGUGGUCAUGUUCCAAGUGGUCUCACCCACAAGACUGCUCAAUUCCUCUUGUUCCUUGGAGAAGACUCUGCAGUGCAGCUGUUCUUUCCAUGGGAUCCCCACACCCUCUAUGGAGUGGUUGUUGGAAGGUGUCCCUGUGAGUGUGAACAACACAGAUAAGGUCCUCCAGGUGACUUCCACCAUAUUUGGCACCUGGAACAACAGCACCAUCAGCCUCAUCGGGGAGCCAGACAUACUCAUGAAUCUCCGCUGUGAGGGGAGGAACCAAUAUGGAAUCCAUGCUGCACGUAUCUUCCUCCUACCAGAUAAGCAUUCAGAUUCCAAUGUGUUGGUGAAAGGGCUGACCCAGGGCAUUGUGUAUGGAUCCAUUGUCUCCAUACUGUUCUUCUUCCUUGUCCUCCUCACAAUGAAGAUACUUCAAUGGUGGGAGGACAGGCCCAUUGUCAAGUUCAAGGAGGCCCCAAUCAUUCAGAAACCAGAGCUGCUGGAGGAGCCAGAAACAGCCGUGAAGUCUGAAGCCAAAACCGCUGGGCAUCAGAUGGAGUCUAGGGCACCUGAGCCAGAAGGACUGACCAUGGACAGGAAAACUCCCAGACAGAUCAAGAUAGACACGUGGCUCACAGACGCCUAGAUCCACCGGCCCAGUUAGACUUCACAGACCUACAGAGCUGGAGCAGCAACUCCAUGUGAGACUCUAAGACCGGAGACCAGCACCAGGAGCUCACACAUUCACCCCACAAGGACUCCCACAAGCCGGGACUGUUUGUCAGCCCCCUCACCCACCAGGGACAUGCCUGCUCCCUGCCCUUGAGCAGCGCGGUCUGGGCAGGCAGGCCGACCUGCAGGGGCACAGAUGACAUACAGAGGAGCCUGGGGGGAGACAGCACUAGCAAAUGGGCUAAAGCCAUUGUCCACAUGGGCACUGUGACCCAAAGUGACAGUGACCCUCCUGCAGCCUCGGGCACUGCCAAGCAAAGCUAGGCUCUGCACUCCACAGAGGGAAACUGAGACCCAUGGGAGGGAAGCACCUGAAACACUAAAGAAGCCCCAAAGGUUUUCUGCAGGGACACGGGGGAGAUCAUGAAGCCUGCCCUCCACACCCCCCACAUUGCAAACGGGGAAACGGAGGCUCACAGUGCCUUGGACCACACAGCAAGACUGUGCACUGCUCAGGACCCCUCCAUCCCAGGACCCUUGUUCCCUGGAGCAGUCACCCCUGUCCCCUGGCUAUUUUCUCCUGACCUUAUAAGACUAUAGUGCGGAGGCUGCAAACUCAAAAGCCCACAGGAGUCCCGCAGGUAACAAAAUGAGUGCUGUUGGCCCCUAUGGGAACCAGGUGGUCUUGAGAGCAGAUGCCCCCACCUGCAGGGGGCGCCAGCAGCAGCGAACUCAGUUCCAACUCUUACCUGCCCCCUC